AUGGAGCUCCUGUUCGUCGUUCGUUUGUUUCUUUUGUCCGCCUCCUUUUUCGCCCCGGGCGUCUUCGGUGCCUUCGGCUACACGUCGUCCGGCAAUAACUAUGUCGUUGACGCCGGCUCCUCCAACGCGCUGGUGAUUUCGGUGAGCAAGUCCAGCUGCGACAUCAACUCUAUCAAGUUUCGCGGCACCGAGUUCCAGUACGGAGGCAAGGGCAGUCACAUCAGCUCCGGACUCGGCACUGCCACCGUGUCCAUCAGCCAGAUCAGCGGCUCGUCUCGAUACAUCAAGGUCACAUGUGUGACAUCGACCCUGACGCACUACAUGGUGAUCCGCGAAGGCGAAAGCAUCAUCUACAUGGCCACCUACAUCACCGCCCAGCCGUCGGUGGGUGAGCUGCGCUUCAUUGCCCGUCUCCUGCCCGACAAGCUGCCCAACGAAUACCCCUACGGAGUGGUCUCGAACACGGCCGGCGCCACAUCGACCGUCGAGGGCUCCGACGUCUUUGUCGUCAACGGACAGACAAGGUCCAAGUUCUAUUCAUCGACCCGGUUCAUCGACGAGGAUUCGCACUGCGUCUAUGGGGGCAGCGACCUGAUCCAUGUCUGCAUCAUGACUCCCCAACAGGAGUCCUCGUCGGGAGGUCCCUUUUUCCGCGACAUUGACUCCAACAAUGCCGGGGACUCCACCAACCUGUACAACUAUAUGAACAGCGGCCAUGUGCAGACCGAGGCGUACCGCAUGGGGCUCCACGGGCCUUAUGCCAUGCAGUUCUCACGCUCAGGGAUUCCGAGCGUCAAAGACCUCGAUGUUUCGUGGUUUGGAGAAGUCUCGGUUACGGGCUACGUUCCCGCAUCCGGCCGUGGAACCGUGAAGGGGACGGCGACAGGCGUGCAGAGCGGCAUGCAGGGCGUGGUCCACUGGUACAACAGCGCGGCACAGUACUGGGCCAAGACGUCUUCCAGCGGAGCCUUCACGUCGCCCUUGAUGAAGCCGGGCACGUACACCAUGGUGCUGUAUCAGACCGAGUUCAAGAUCGCAACGAAUACGGUAACCGUAUCGGCUGGCAAAACUACGACCCAGAACAUCGCCGGCACCUUCAAUACAACCCGCAAGACGCUCUUCCAGAUUGGCGAGUAUGACGGCCAGCCGACAGGGUUCCGCAACGCCGACAAGUUCCUCCGGAUGCACCCAAGCGACAGCCGCAUGGCGAGCUGGGGCCCCCUGACGUACACGGUGGGCAGCUCGCAGCUCUCCGACUUCCCCAUGGCCGUCUUUCAGGCAGUCAACAACCCCGUGACGAUAAAAUUCAACCUGGCCAGCGCCCCAGGGGCAGCCACUCUGCGCAUCGCUACCACGUUGAGCUUCGCGAGCAGCCGCCCACAGGUAAAAGUUAACAGCUGGACGGGGCCCGCGCCCUCGGCGCCCACAAAGAUCGACAGCCGCGGUGUUACGCGAGGCGCAUACCGCGGGCACGGUGAGGUGUACACCGUCAGCAUACCGGCGGGCACGCUCGUGGCUGGCACGAACACCAUCACCAUCAGCUCCAUCUCUGGCAGCUCUGGCACGACGUUCCUGAGCCCCAACUUCAUCUUUGAUGCUGUCGAACUUUACACAUCCUAA